GCUUUCACACUUGGACAAAAAUAAAAAAUUAAACUUUUUUCCCUCUCCAUUCGACCAAAACACUCGAGCUCCCGCUUCUCGAUCUCUCUCAAAAUCACUUUCGAUCUCACCAACCCUCGGUCCUCAGUACUCUCAGCCAUCUCUAUCUCUCUCUCUCUCUCUCUCUCUCUCACCCAGUGACCGCCUCAGUUCGAUUCUCUUCCUCCUCCGCCUCGGAACAUAAAAGAUUAAAUUCCUCUCUCUUCUCUUUGAAUUUUGCAAUUUUUGAUUGCAUAUUUCUUUCAUUUUGGAUUAAUGGCAGAUUUUGCAUCAUCUAUUUUUGUUUUCUCUGUGCCUCCUUUUCUUAUUACUGUGCGAAUUUGUGGGUUCAGGUACUAUGGAUUCAUCAAGAAAAGUCAAGUCCCGGUACACAAUUCAAGAUCCGCUCUUUCCAAGACAGCAUAGUCGAGAAAAUUAAUAGGAUUUAUAAUCUUGUUUCUUACUGGAGGGCCAGCUGGGGCAUUGAUUGUUGCUCCUACGAGGAUGAAGCUGCCUGCCAUUGUAUUGAUGAUAUGGAGAAAAUGAAACGGAUUUAUCAUUGUGCAGUGGAGGGGAAUGCUCUUAAGGCAAUUGAACUGACAGAACAGCUGGCGAAUGACUUACUGGAGAAAAACAAAGACUUGCAUUUUGAUCUUCUCAGCCUUCACUUUGUUCAACUUGUUUGCUCUAGAAAUAAAGGGAGCACGGAUCAGCAUGCGUGAGUUUCCAAUUUACUUUAUUAAGUUUAUCUAUAUCUUAAUGUAUCUUGUGCAGAUACAUCCAACAACUGAGAGAUGCAUGGCGUACACAAUUUCUUUGUGACAUUCAUUGAAGAACUACAAGAUAGGCCUCCUGGUCAUGAUUGGGAGCUUGAACCAGGUGUCACAUGUGGUGACUACCUAUUUGGAAUGCUACAGGGAACACGAUCGGCUCUUUAUUCUAAUGACCGAGAGUCGCUUACGGUUUCUGUGGAAGAAGUGACACCUAGAUCUGUAGGUGCUCUUAUAGCUCUUUAUGAGAAAGCGGUUGGAAUUUACGCCUCGCUUGUCAACAUUAAUGCUUACCAUCAACUUGGGAGUAAGCAUCUUCUAGAGAUGAAUAGGAUUUUAAGGCCCGGGGGAUACUUUAUCUUGUCAACUAAACAUGACAGCUUUGAUGCUGAAGAAGAUCUCAUAUCAAAAUAUAUAGUGAUGGGUCUCUUUUGAUUUUUAAGGUAAAUGUGCCACAGUGGCUCCAUGUACGUAGCAUAUCAUUUAUAAAGCAUCACUACUUUAGGCCAACGGUUCUAAAGCAUCGAAGCUUGAAAUUAGAAUGGCAUCGGAAUUGUCAAGCUUAUGAGAUAUUAAUUUGUGAUUUUGCUUACAAACUAUCUUAGUGGUACAAUACCAAAGGAAUGAGCUUCAAGCUUGCAGUGAUUUUGCUUACAACUAUCUUGGGAGAUCGAGCAAAUUGUAUUCUUUUUUAUUAUCAUGUAAAGCUCAUGAAACUUGAAAGCUUGUUAAGCAAAUGAAAUAGAUAUAGGCAUUUGGGCAAGGUUAAUUCCUGUGUAAAUGUUGGGAUGAAUAUUGUUGAUGGAAUGAAAUGGUUUUUGGAAUAAAGGAUGUGUUGUUCAA